AUGACUUUGUCCUCUCGAGAAGAGCGCAUGUUGGAUUCGCCAUCGUCCUCGUCCUCGAACCUGAGCUCCUCAUGCUCCGCAAAUGCCAUGAUUAUCGACGCGAUCAAUGGCAGCCUCAGACACGGCGCGAACGGCGCUCUGCACCACGUGUUCGAUGGUGCAGACCUCCAGAGACUCCACCACUUCCAAACUAUUACCGUCUGUACCCUGGCCACUUCCAGCAUAUCGCGGGUUUACCAAGCCGAGAUUGUCAAGCUGGCAUGUUUGCACCCGCAUCUCCUGCAUGCGGUCUUGACUAUAGCAGAAAUGCACUAUCGAUAUACCACCUCGGACAGGGCUUCGCCUGCCGAGCUCUAUCACUGGCAGAAAACAACCUCUCUUUUCAACCAAAAGUUGGCUCACCCCAUCAAGACCGAGGAUGCUGAUGCAGUCUUCGCGACCUCGACACUUUUAAAUGGCAUCUCCAUGGGUUCAAUCGAGACCGAUCAGUAUCUUGAUGCAUGGCCGUUGAAACCAUCCUCACAUGACCUUCAGUGGCUCCGGAUGCAAGGAGGCAUCAAGCUCAUGGUGCUAGCAGCUCAACCAUGGAGGAAAGGGAGUGUUUUCGAGAACUUGAUAUCCGAAGGCGACGACGGUCUAUCCACGUUCACAGACACGCGGCUAGGAAUUGCAGGUAUACCAGCACCGUUCGUCAGUCUAUGCGACCUCUCUGUUCUUUCUACAGUUGAGAACAACCCAUACCAUGCACAAGUGCGUAUGCUUUGUCCUCUGCUCUCCAUGGAGUGCACGAGGGAGACGCUCAUGGAGCAUCUCAAUUUCAUUGCCGAGAUGCGGCCGGAGUUCCUCGAGUUGCUGCAACAGCGAGACGCGCGAGCGUUGCUCAUCCUGGGCUACUGUCGAAUGCAUGGCGAUUUGCUCCUUCCUGGAAACGUCCGAAGACUCCAGGAUACGCGAACUUUUGGAAAUCCCGGCCCGAGCAUGUGGAUAUCGUCGCGUCCAGCCCACGGCUACGUUCGACACACAGCCGCUACUCGCACCUGA